CGCUCGGGCCGGGCCGGAGGCGCGCAAGGGAUGGCGCGGUGCCCGCCCCGCAGCCGCCCGAGAUGCGUCGCGGGAGAGCGCGGCCGCUCCGGGGGAAGUUGAGGGCCGCUCCGGCGGCUGCGAGGGGGCGGGCGGCGCCGGGCGGCCGAGGAGGAGCCGGAGCAUCCCGGGCAGCGCGGUGAGCCGGGCGGUGGGGCUCGAUGGGCAGCUCGCGCCGCCAUGGUCAUCGCCCUCAACGGCAGCCACCUCUACGGUAACCUCCGGCCCUUCGCGCUGGAGGAACCGCGGACGCUGGGCGGCGGGAGGAUGAUCGCCGGCUCGUGGCCCCCGCGCAGCCUGGCCAAGCUCGGCCCUGGCGGCACUCCCCCACCGCUGCCCGCCGCCAGCCCCGCGCCCGGGAACGACUCGCAAUGCGGGGAGCAGAUCCUCAGCUACGGCAACGUGGAGAAAGUUGUCAUCGGGGCCGUGCUCAGCCUCAUCACGCUGCUGACUGUCGCCGGCAACUGUCUGGUGGUCAUCUCCGUCUGCUUCGUGAAGAAGCUGCGGCAGCCCUCCAACUAUCUCAUCGUCUCGCUGGCCCUGGCCGACCUCUCAGUGGCUCUGGCCGUCAUGCCCUUCGUCAGCGUGACUGAUCUCAUCGGUGGCGAGUGGAUCUUCGGGCGCCUUUUCUGCAAUGUCUUCAUCGCCAUGGAUGUCAUGUGCUGCACAGCCUCCAUCAUGACCCUCUGUGUGAUCAGCAUCGACAGGUACCUGGGAAUAACAAGACCGCUCACAUAUCCUGUGAGGCAGAAUGGGAAGUGCAUGGCCAAAAUGAUCCUGUGUGUGUGGCUCUUAUCUGCCUCUAUCACCAUACCCCCGCUCUUUGGUUGGGCCCAAAAUGUGAAUGAUGAAAAGGUCUGUUUGAUCAGCCAAGAUUUCGGCUACACGAUUUACUCCACGGCAGUUGCAUUUUAUAUCCCAAUGUCAGUGAUGCUUUUCAUGUAUUAUCAGAUUUACAAGGCUGCCAAAAGGAGUGCUGCUAAACACAAGUUCACCAGUUUUCCCAGGCCAGAAGAAAUGGAAGGGAUUUCUAUGAAUGGAGUGAUAAAACUGCACAAGGAAUCUGAAGAAUGUACUAAUUUUUCACGACUCUUGAAGAAUGACAAGAAAAACAUUUCCAUUUUUAAGAGAGAGCAGAAAGCUGCCACUACUCUUGGGAUUAUUGUUGGGGCUUUCACUGUGUGCUGGCUGCCAUUUUUCCUCCUCUCGACUGCCAGACCCUUCAUCUGUGGUACAGCGUGCAGCUGUAUCCCACUGUGGGUUGAGAGAACCUUUCUAUGGUUGGGUUAUGCAAACUCUCUCAUUAACCCUUUUAUAUAUGCCUUCUUCAAUCGGGACCUGAGGACAACUUACCGCAAUCUCCUGCAAUGCAGAUACAGGAAUAUCAACCGGAAACUAUCGGCUGCAGGGAUGCAUGAGGCUCUGAAGCUUGCAGAAAAGCCAGAAUUUGUUCUGUAAGGUCACUUAUCUUUUGCUAUGAUCAUUUAUUGUUUUAUCACAUUAGCUUUUCCCCUCAGAUUUGAAAGAAGAGCAAGAGGGAAGAAGCAGGCAUCUCGAGCACUGCGAAUCCAGUCACCAAGAAACUGGAGGGUGGCAUGGUUCUUUCCUGCACAGCCCACCAGUCAUAGUGAACCUGGAAAAACGAGAAAGCGACUUAAAGAAGUUGGGUUCAAGGAAAAAGAGCUGAAGUGCUAAAUAGCAGAAAAGGGAGGAUAAAUGGUAGGGCAAGUUUUUUGGGCUGCUAGUAAGGAAAGAGCAAAGUUGCUCAAGCCAACCCUUUCUUUUGUUUUUGGCCUUGAAAUUUUUGCUGUAAUAAAGACUAUGUUGAAAAGUUCAAUAUAAUUAAUUGCUUUCCACUUUGUUAAUAUUAAAAUAAAACAUUUAAGAUGAAUCUGAA